UGGCAGACGGUGGAAAAUGGCCGCCGGGUGUGUUGAGGGCGACGCGCUGAAAGCCGCCGCCUCUGCAUUUUCCAUCUUCUAACCGCGCCUGCGGCAAAGCGGGUCCUUUCCGCCGGCGCUGUCCUCAGGCCGCCUUGUGAGACGGUAUUGGAAUAAAGAUAACUACAGCGUUCUGUGAAAAUGUCAGUUCUCAUAUCACAGAGUGUAAUCAAUUAUGUCGAAGAAGAAAACAUUCCUGCUCUGAAAGCUCUUCUUGAAAAAUGCAAAGAUGUAGAUGAGAGAAAUGAGUGUGGCCAGACUCCACUGAUGAUAGCUGCUGAACAGGGCAACCUGGAAAUAGUGAAAGAAUUAAUUAAGAAUGGAGCUAAUUGCAACCUGGAAGAUCUGGAUAACUGGACAGCACUUAUAUCGGCGUCCAAGGAAGGGCACGUGCACAUUGUGGAAGAGCUGCUCACGUGUGGGGCUGACCUGGAACACCGCGAUAUGGGAGGAUGGACAGCUCUCAUGUGGGCAUGUUAUAAAGGCCACACUGAAGUGGUUGAGUUGCUUCUUUCUCAUGGUGCCAAUCCAAGUGUCACUGGUCUGCAGUACAGCGUUUACCCAAUCAUCUGGGCGGCAGGGAGAGGCCAUGCGGACAUAGUGCAUCUUUUACUGCAGAACGGUGCUAAAGUCAACUGCUCCGAUAAGUAUGGAACCACUCCUUUGGUUUGGGCUGCUCGAAAGGGUCAUCUGGAAUGUGUGAGGCAUUUGUUGGCCACAGGAGCUGAUGUUGAUCAAGAAGGAGCUAAUUCAAUGACUGCACUCAUUGUGGCAGUCAAAGGAGGAUACACACAGUCAGUAAAAGAAAUUCUGAAGAGAAAUCCAAAUGUGAAUUUAACAGAUAAGGAUGGAAAUACAGCUUUGAUGAUUGCAUCGAAGGAGGGCCAUACCGAGAUUGUGCAGGAUCUCCUGGAUGCUGGAACUUAUGUGAACAUACCUGAUAGGAGUGGGGAUACUGUGUUGAUUGGUGCUGUCAGAGGUGGUCAUGUGGAAAUUGUUCGAGCACUUCUCCAAAAAUAUGCUGACAUAGACAUUAGAGGGCAGGACAAUAAAACUGCUUUGUAUUGGGCUGUUGAGAAAGGAAAUGCAACAAUGGUGAGAGAUAUCUUACAGUGCAAUCCGGACACUGAAAUAUGCACAAAGGAUGGUGAGACACCACUGAUUAAGGCCACCAAGAUGAGAAAUAUUGAAGUGGUGGAGCUGCUGCUGGACAAGGGAGCCAAAGUGUCUGCUGUGGAUAAGAAAGGAGACACUCCUUUGCAUAUUGCUAUUCGCGGGAGGAGUCGGAAACUGGCAGAACUUCUUUUAAGAAAUCCCAAAGAUGGAAGGUUACUUUAUAGGCCCAACAAAGCAGGCGAGACUCCCUACAACAUUGACUGUAGCCAUCAGAAAAGUAUUUUAACUCAGAUAUUUGGAGCCAGACACUUGUCUCCCACCGAAACGGACGGUGACAUGCUUGGAUAUGAUUUAUAUAGCAGCGCCCUGGCGGAUAUCCUCAGUGAGCCCACCAUGCAGCCCCCCAUUUGUGUGGGGCUCUACGCACAGUGGGGAAGUGGGAAAUCCUUCCUACUCAAGAAGCUGGAAGAUGAAAUGAAGACUUUUGCAGGACAGCAGAUUGAACCUCUGUUUCAGUUCUCGUGGCUCAUAGUCUUUCUGACCCUGCUGCUUUGUGGAGGCGUUGGGCUUCUGUUGGCCUUCACGGUCGACCCAAACCUGGGGAUAGCCGUGUCCUUGAGCUUCUUGGCUCUCUUAUACAUAUUUUUUAUUGUCAUUUACUUUGGAGGACGGAGGGAAGGAGAGAGUUGGAAUUGGGCCUGGGUCCUCAGUACUCGAUUGGCAAGGCAUAUUGGGUAUUUGGAACUUCUCCUCAAACUGAUGUUUGUGAACCCACCGGAAUUGCCAGAGCAAACCACCAAAGCUUUACCUGUGAGGUUCUUGUUUACAGAUUACAAUCGGCUGUCCAGCGUUGGUGGAGAAACAUCGAUGGCGGAAAUGAUCGCGACCCUGUCAGAUGCUUGUGAGAGAGAGUUUGGCUUUUUGGCAACCAGGCUUUUUCGAGUAUUCAAAACUGAAGAUACACAGGGUAAAAAGAAAUGGAAAAAAACGUGCUGUCUCCCAUCUUUUGUCAUCUUCCUUUUUAUCUUUGGCUGCAUUAUUGCUGGAAUCACUCUUCUGGCGAUAUUCCGAGUUGACCCAAAACAUCUGACAGUCAACGCUCUCCUCAUCUCAAUUGCGUCUAUCGUGGGGUUGGCCUUCGUGCUGAACUGUCGUACCUGGUGGCAGGUGCUGGACUCUCUCUUGAAUUCUCAAAGGAAACGCCUCCAUAGUGCUGCCUCCAAGCUGCACAAACUGAAAAGUGAAGGAUUCAUGAAAGUUCUUAAGUGUGAAGUGGAAUUGAUGGCUAAGAUGGCAAAGACCAUCGACGGCUUCACUCAGAACCAGACUAGGCUGGUGGUGAUCACUGACGGGCUGGACGCCUGUGAGCAGGACCGAGUGCUGCACAUGCUGGACACUGUCCGAGUUCUGUUUUCAAAAGGCCCAUUCAUUGCCAUUUUUGCAAGUGACCCACAUAUUAUUAUAAAGGCAAUUAACCAGAACCUCAAUAGCGUGCUCCGUGACUCCAACAUCAAUGGACAUGACUACAUGCGCAACAUAGUUCAUUUACCCGUUUUCCUUAAUAGUCGUGGGCUAAGCAAUGCAAGGAAAUUUCUUGUAACUUCAACAACAAAUGGGGACAUUACAUGCUCAGAUACUACAGGGAUGCAGGAAGAUGCUGACAGAAGAGUUUCACAAAUCAGCCUUGGAGAGAUGACAAAACUCGGUAGCAAAACAGCCCUCAAUAGACGGGACACUUACCGGAGAAGACAGAUGCAGCGGACCAUCACCCGGCAGAUGUCCUUUGAUCUGACAAAACUGCUGGUGACGGAGGACUGGUUCAGUGACAUAAGUCCUCAGACCAUGAGAAGAUUACUUAAUAUUGUUUCUGUGACAGGGCGAUUACUGAGAGCCAAUCAGAUUAGUUUUAACUGGGACAGGCUUGCUAGCUGGAUCAACCUCACUGAGCAGUGGCCAUACCGAACUUCGUGGCUCAUAUUGUAUUUGGAAGAGACUGAAGGUGUUCCAGAUCAGACGACAUUAAAAACCAUCUAUGAAAGAAUAUCAAAGAAUAUUCCAACAACUAAAGAUGUUGAACCACUGCUUGAAAUAGAUGGAGACAUAAGAAACUUUGAAGUGUUUUUGUCUUCAAGAACCCCAGUUCUUGUGGCUCGAGAUGUGAAAACCUUCUUGCCGUGCACUGUAAACCUAGACCCUAAACUACGGGAAAUUAUUGCAGAUGUUCGUGCUGCAAGAGACCAGAUUAAUAUCGGGGGCCUUGCAUAUCCCCCACUGCCUUUACACGAAGCUCCUCCUCGACCACCGUCAGGCUACAGCCAGCCUCCGUCUGUCUGUUCUUCUUCCACUUCCUUCAAUGGGCCGUUCGCAGGUGGGGUUGUGUCACCACAGCCUCACAGCAGCUAUUACAGCGGUAUGACGGGACCCCAGCAUCCAUUCUAUAACAGGCCAUUCUUUGCCCCAUACCUUUACACGCCAAGGUAUUACCCUGGCGGUUCCCAACAUCUCAUCUCACGUCCAUCAGUAAAAUCGAAUUUGCCCAGAGAACAGAGCAAUGGCCUAGAGGUUAUCAAGGAGGACGCUGCCGAGGGGCUUUCUUCACCCACAAGCUCCUCGAGGCCGUGUGACUUUGGGUUUAACAAACAGAGACAGGGAUCAGGCCCAGCCUCAGGAACAAUACCGCUAAAUUCAAUGAAUGUGGAUGCUGUAUGCGAGAAGCUGAAACAAAUAGAAGGGCUGGAACAGAGUAUGCUGCCUCAGUAUUGUGCCACAAUCAAAAAGGCAAACAUAAAUGGCCGUGUAUUAGCUCAGUGUAAUAUUGACGAACUGAAGAAAGAAAUGAAUAUGAAUUUUGGAGACUGGCAUCUUUUUAGAAGCACAGUACUAGAAAUGAGAAACGCAGAAAACCAAGUGGUUCCUGAAGACCCACGUUCACUCAGUGAACAAAACAGCGGCCCGGGCCCUCUUGCUGAAUCUGCUCGUCGGUCUUCACACAAUGAGCUGCCUCACACCGAGCUUUCCAGUCAGGCUCCCUACACGCUCAACUUCAGCUUUGAAGAACUGAACGCACUUGGUCUAGAUGAAGGCGCCCCACGUCACAGCAACCUCAGUUGGCAGUCGCAAACUCGCAGAACUCCAAGUCUUUCGAGUCUCAAUUCCCAGGAUUCCAGUAUUGAAAUUUCAAAGCUUACUGAUAAGGUGCAGGCUGAGUAUAGAGAUGCCUAUAGAGAAUAUAUUGCUCAGAUGUCGCAGUUAGAAGGGGGUCCAGGCUCUGCAACAAUUAGUGGCCGAUCUUCUCCACACAGCACAUAUUAUAUGGGUCAGAGUUCAUCAGGGGGCUCCAUUCAUUCUAAUCUAGAAGCAGAAAAAGGGAAGGAUAGUGAACCAAAGCAAGAUGAUGGAAGGAAGUCAUUUUUAAUGAAGAGGGCAGAUGUUAUCGAUUACUCCUCAUCAGGGGUGUCCACUAACGAUGCCUCCCCCCUGGACCCUAUCACCGAAGAAGAUGAAAAGUCCGAUCAGUCAGGCAGUAAGCUUCUCCCAGGCAGGAAAUCCUCCGAAAGGUCAAGUCUCUUCCAGACCGACUUGAAGCUGAAGGGAGGUGGACUGCGCUACCAGAAACUGCCAAGCGAUGAGGAGGAAUCUGGGACCGAAGAAUCAGAUAAUACUCCGCUGCUCAAAGAUGACAAAGACAAGAAGGCUGAAGGGAAAGCAGAGAGAGUGUCCAAGUCUCCGGAACACAGUGCCGAGCCGAUCAGAACCUUCAUUAAAGCCAAGGAGUAUUUAUCAGACGCCCUCCUUGACAAAAAGGACUCCUCCGAUUCAGGAGUGCGAUCCAGCGAAAGCUCUCCCAACCACUCUCUUCACAACGAAGGCGCUGACGAUUCCCAGCUUGAAAAAGCAAAUCUCAUCGAGCUUGAAGAUGACGGCCACAGUGGGAAACGGGGAAUGCCACAGAGCUUGAGCGGCCUGCAGGAUCCAAUUAUAGCUCGGAUGUCCAUUUGUUCAGAAGACAAGAAAAGCCCUUCCGAGUGCAGCCUGAUAGCCAGCAGCCCUGAAGAGAACUGGCCAGCGUGUCAGAAAGCCUACAAUCUGAACCGAACACCCAGUACCGUGACGCUGAACAACAACAGUGCUCCGGCUAAUAGAGCCAACCAGAAUUUUGAUGAAGUGGAGGGAAUUAGGGAGACUUCCCAAGUCAUCCUGAGGCCUGCUUCCAGUUCCAACUCAACUGCUGUUCAAAAUGAAAAUCUGAAAGGCAUAACCCACAAGCGAAGCCAGCGUUCAAGUUACACGAGGCUCUCGAAGGAUCCUUCAGAGCUGCACUCAGUCGCCCCUUCUGAUAGCACAGGCUUUGGAGAAGAAAGAGAGAGUAUUCUUUAAGAAAAACACACAAGAGUAGGAUGGUAUUACUGUGCCCUGUGACAAAAUCGACCUGAGUUUUGUGGUGAAUCCAUCCAAGACAAAUUGCUUAUCGAAGGGUUUUAAAUUUUUAAGUAGAAAAUGUAUGAUAAAGAGGACUUUAAAACUGAUAAGAAAGUGAGUCAAAAGUGCCCCGAGUGUCACUCCAGUAACUGGGCCAUUACGAGCUUCUAGGAGAGUGACCUGCGGGGAGGGGACAGUACCUUCCCUGUGACCUGGACGCUCGUCUCUCCAAGCCAGACCUGGUUUCAAGCACCAUCCAUCUACCUGAGAAUGCACACUGGCCGACUCUAACUCUUUUAAAUUGUGUGUCCAACUUUUCUUAGCCUAGUCGUGAGGGGGAAAAACAUGGAAUUCUUUUUCUGGAGAAUCGAGGAAGACAUGGGUAAUAAUAGGCACUAAUAAAUAGUUAUGGAAUGAGAGAAUGAGGCAAUUCCAUCAGAAAGGUCAGUGACAAUUAACAAAUGACAAGGAAAUUUAAUUAGGUACAACUAAAUCAUUGCCUUCUGUAUCAGGGCGGAGUUUAUCUACUUCACCUAUUUCUAAAUCAGCAUGUUAAUUCUGGGGGAGGAUCAUAAGAAGGGGAAUACUUUCAAAAUAAAAGUUUAAAAACACGUAACAAAGUAAGGGUAAAAAGAAGAUAAAACUGGUGUGACUUUCCAUUUAGUGUUAGCAGAGUUAAGAGAAUGAUCACAUUUAAGUAUUCAGUGGACUAGAAAUGUCAUCAUGCAUUGAAAUUUUGCUGUUUUAACAUAGCUUAUUUAUGUAGAAUUAAUUGUGGCAGUAUGGCGUCAGUCACAGGUAAGAUUAUAGAUGGUGAGAUUGUAGAUGUAUAAUUACCUAAAUUUAGUGUUACAUUUGAGGUGGUUUUCACUGAAUGGAUUUUUAUUAAUAUGUUGAAUAAAUUAUUUACUUGACCAGUCAUUGCACUAAAUAGUUACUCUUUUGGAUUUCGUUGCCUUGAUGUUUGAGUGUAAUCUAACAUUUUCAUGAAGUGUUAUUUUGCAUGUUAACAAAUGUUUUAGUCAACUAAAAGAAAGACAGGAUGUCAUUAACAUUAUAUAUUGAAAUGUUAACAUUUUGUAUUUAUAGUAUUUAUUAGUUUGUAAUGUUAUAUAAUUGGUAACUAUUUCAGAGGCAAUUAUUUUUUUCCUUUUUAGCUGAGUAGAUGCAGCUUGAUAUCACUGUAGUAUAUUUCUACUGCUGUGAAGUUAUUACUAGAGUAUUAAGUGUACAAAUAGAUUUAGAAAAAAAUAAAAAAUUU